CUCAUUCGUUCGUCUGUCAAUGUCAUUUGAUAAUUUGUAUCCGCGUCCGCGUGAGUAAACGCUCCGAUUAGUGAAAUAUUUUAUGGUUAUUUUUAUUUAUGCUGGCUUUAGAAACCUGCUAAAAUGGAAAAUAUGGAUACAGAAGAUGACAAUCAGGAGAUAGGCCCCGUAGAUAAUGCGUGGGCUAUGAAAAUACCGAAAUUUACACCUGAAGAUAACCCACAUGGUCUUUUGGAGGAAAGUAAAUUUGCUACUUUAUUUCCAAAGUACAGAGAGCAGUACUUAAAAGAAUGUUGGCCUCUUGUGCAAAAGGUAUUAAAAGAACAUCAUAUAGUCGCUGAGCUAGACCUUAUCGAAGGCAGUAUAACUGUGAAAACAACAAGGAAAACAUGGGACCCAUACAUCAUCAUCAAAGCAAGAGAUUUAAUGAAACUGCUGUCUCGAAGCGUUCCGUUUGAACAAGCUGUGCGAGUCUUAGAAGAUGAAAUAGGAUGUGAUAUCAUAAAAAUCAAUUCAUUUGUUCGUAAAAAGGAAACAUUUUUGAAGAGGAGGCAGCGUUUGAUUGGGCCGAAUGGAGUAACCUUGAAGUCUAUAGAACUUUUAACAGAGUGCUAUGUGCUAGUGCAAGGAAAUACAGUUUCAGCUGUAGGGCCAUAUAAAGGUCUAGUGCAAGUCAGGAGAAUUGUUGAGGACACAAUGAAAAACAUUCAUCCAAUGUACAAUAUUAAAAGUUUAAUGAUCAAAAGAGAACUAAUGAAGGAUCCUCGAUUAAAGAAUGAGAGUUGGGAUAGGUUUUUACCGACAUUUAAAAGUAAAAAUGUGCCAAGAAAACAGCCUAAAAAGAAAGUUGAGAAGAAACCAUACACUCCAUUCCCGCCACCACAACAGGAAAGUAAAAUUGAUCGUGAACUUGCUACUGGAGAAUACUUCCUUAAAGAUGAACAGAAGAAGGCCAAGAAUAGACAUCAAAAAGAAGAAAAGCAAGCGCAAGCUAAGAGAGCUAAACAAGAACAACGACAGAAAGAUUUCAUCCCUCCUGAAGAGAAAACAAAUACUAAUAGUGAUACUCCUGACACUACUAUUGAUAUUAAUCAGUUUAAAUCCAAAAUGAAAAAACUAUCUAAACAACAAAAAGGAGCUAAAGUAAAAAAGGAUUGAGUUUAAUGUGUAUUCAGUUCUAUUGGUUCGUGCUACAGAUAAAUAUUCUCACCUUCAGAAUGGAAUUGAUUGAUUCCAAUAACUACUCCCUACUAUCGGGACCUGCAUCCCAAUCCCAAAUAUUUAGAACAAAUCUGUCUCGAAAAUGAAAGUAAAAUAAAAUUACUAGUUAUAGUAUAUUUGUUAUUUGAAUUAUGUUAUUUUUAAAGUUGAACUU